GUACGGUCCUGGUAACGCGAUGAGAAUACGCGCACGAGCAUCCGCAAGAUGUUUUAUUUAUGUCCUCGUUACGAUUUUUGUCGCGAUGCCGAGGGUGCCAUCGUGAAUUUUGCUUCGCAAAAAUGUCGAAAGUACGCGGAGGAAAACGCAAGAUGGAUCGUUCGUUUGAGAUAUGGACGGCAGUGGCAAUUCCAGAGAUGGAGAGGCAGGUGUUCCUCGUAAUUCUCAACCACCUUCCACUAAAAAGCUGCAACAAACACAAGCAACCGUGGACGAGGUUGUGGGGAUAAUGAAAGUAAAUGUGGAGAAAGUAUUAGAAAGAGAUCAAAAGCUAUCGGAACUGGAGAAUCGUGCUGAUGCUUUGCAACAGGGAGCGACCCAAUUUGAGCAACAGGCAGGAAAAUUAAAAAGAAAAUAUUGGUGGAAAAAUCUUAAAAUGAUGAUCAUCAUUGGUAUCAUCUGCGUGAUUAUUCUUAUCAUUAUCAUUGUUUCAACUGUAUCAGGCUCAUCUGACAAUUCCUCUUCUAACUGAUCGCAUUGUACCAAAUGGGAUAUAAUGCUUUGGGGUUGUUAAUUUAUAUCCAAAAAUGAAAGUUAUCCCAGCAGAGUAAGGGCUGGGCUCACACAAACUUAGAAAUAACAUAAUCGUUGAAAAGUCACGACUCGUAGUCCUGUUCAAAGGAUUUGCGAUUAAAGUAGCACAGACAAAAAGAGAAAGAUCAAGGGAUAAAAUACAUAUAUUUUUGAGACUUAAAUAUAUUCAAACGCACAAUUUAUCAUAAUAAUUACAGUAUUAAUAUGGGUGGCCUUUUGUAAAUCUGUAAAUGGACAAUACAUUUCAUAAUUUUAUCUUGUUAGAAUGUUUCGAUUGUACAUUGUACAUUUAUUAAUGAUAUAUAAUAUAUAAUAUAACGUUUAUACUUUUUUUCA